AUGGGGCAGGCGGGCUGCAAGGGGCUCUCCCAGUCGCUGUUGGACUACAAGACCGAGAAAUAUGUCAUCGCCAAGAGCAAGAAGGUGGGCCUGCUCUACCGGCUGCUGCAGGUCUCCAUCCUGACCUACCUGGCGGUUUGGGUGUUCCUGGUGAAGAAGGGUUACCAAGACACCGACACGUCUCUGCAGAGCAGUAUCAUCACGAAAGUCAAGGGUGUGGCCUUCACCAAUACCUCUGAGCUCGGGGAGCGACUUUGGGAUGUUGCCGACUACGUCAUCCCACCCCAGGGAGAGAACGUCUUCUUCGUAGUCACCAACUUGAUCGUGACCCCCAACCAGCGGCAGGAAACCUGUGCUGAGAGUGAAAGCAUUCCGGAUGCCUUGUGCUACACAGACAGUGACUGCCCUCCUGGGGAGCCUGUUGUGGCUGGAAAUGGAGUGAGGACUGGCCGCUGCCUUCGGGGGGUGAACAGGCAAAGGGGCACCUGCGAGAUCUUCGCCUGGUGUCCAGUGGAGACAAAGUCCAGGCCAGUGAAGCCGCUCCUGGGCAAGGCUGAAGACUUCACUGUUUACAUAAAGAACUUCAUUCGUUUCCCCAAAUUCAACUUCUCCAAGACCAAUGUGCUGGACACCAAAGACAAAGGUUUCCUGAAGUCCUGUCAUUUUGGCCCCAAGAACCCGUACUGCCCCAUCUUCCGAUUGGGGUCUGUGGUCAGCUGGGCAGGGAGCAACUUCCAGGAGAUAGCCCUGCAGGGUGGUGUGAUAGGAAUUCAGAUUGAAUGGGAUUGUGAUCUUGAUAAAGCUCCUUCUGAAUGCAACCCUCGCUAUUCUUUUAGCCGUCUGGACAACAAAUUUUCAGAAAACUCAGUCUCCUCUGGGUACAACUUCAGGUUUGCCAAAUAUUACCGAGAUGGAGCUGGAGUGGAGUUCCGCACCCUCAUGAAGGCCUAUGGGAUCCGCUUCGAUGUGAUGGUGAAUGGCAAGGCAGGGAAGUUCAACAUCAUCCCCACGAUCAUCAACAUUGGCUCUGGGGUGGCGCUUAUGGGUGCUGGCGCUUUCUUCUGUGACCUGGUGCUUAUCUACUUCAUCAAGAAGAGCCACUUUUACCGAGACAAGAAGUACGAGGAAGUGAGGUCUGGCCAUGUGGGAAAUGGAAAGGUGAAUGUGGAGCAGCUACAGAACCUGCAGACCCCGGAGGCAUAGCCUGAGGUGUGUGCCGAGAGCAGAUUUGCUGAAGGUGCUGGGGCAGAACCGCCCGCAGCUCUGAACUGAGAACUGUGUUCGCUUGGGACAGGCGCUUCCGGGCACAGCUGUCUCUUCCGCACCUGGAGAUCCCACGACUAGCUUUUCCUUGUGUGCCAGGGGAGGGGAGCCUCCUGGCGGCCAGCGUGGCUCGGACUUGGAGGAGGAGGACUCGGCGAGGGAAGCAGGGAAGGCCAGGGGCCUGAGUGGUACUCGACUGUUUUAUUUUCCUGAGAACUUAGUUCAUUCGUGUGCACAGUAAACGCUACGUGCUGUGGGCUGUGCCCUAUCCAAGAGAUGCUUAAAUGAGACACUCACAUGGCCCUCGGGUCGGGGGAGCACGCGUGGAAUUCCUUCCGGAGCCAACAGACAUCGCAGCCAGGCGCAGCCACUCUGGCCGUCCUCCAGCCUCUAGCCAAGGACCACAAAUCCCUGUUGAAAAUGAUGGCUCCUCAGAGAAAGACUUUGGCCAACAUCCAAGGGGACGUCUGGCCUACCCUCAAGGAUAAAAUUAUAGGUGGCCAAGGAAGCAACCAGGAAAGGACCCGGCCUGUAAAGAGGCAGCUGGCCCUUGAGGGGAGAGGCAGCCUCUGCGGGUUUCCAGGAAAGGUGGGGAAGGGGAGGCAGGCAGGCCUGGGCUCCCGUCUACCUGCCCAGCCUCAGGAAGCUCUGGGCACAGUGUCUCACUGAAUGGGAGCCCAUCUGCCGGUGCCCUUUCUCCCUUGUGGUUCUGUGGAGCUGGGUGUCCCCCACCCAGCUUCCCUCCCUUUCUCCUCCAAGGCUGCGUCUGAAGGGCUAAAGAGAUCGAAUAGGUGGCGCUCACCUGGCAGGCAGAGCAGUUGGUAACAGGGAGGCCAAAACUGUUAGGGAGGGCCCUGCCCCUCAUCCCCACCCUUCACCCCUGCCUACUCCCUUCCAGCCCCACAAUGCUGCCCCAGUCUGCGCCCCCCCCUUGGCGCUGUGGCCUGGGGACCAGUGGCAGCAGCAUUCCCCCCGCCCCCUGGAAACGCGGUCUCUGCCCCCUUUCUCGUCCUCCUAAAUCAGAACCCAUGUUUCAACAAGAUUCCAUGUGAUUCGUGUGGACAUUCAGGUAUGAGAGCACUGGUUACUGAGAAUGCAAAGCCUGGGUCUGAGGGAGGAAGAGGCCAGCUUUGGCAGCUGAUGCGGAUUUUAGGCCAGACUUACAAUCUGUUUUGAGAGCAAGAGGAUUCUACCCCACCCCCACCCCCAGGAAAGUGACAU